AUGCCUGAAUUCGCCAGUCCACCGCCAAAACCGCAACACGCCGAGCUCUCCUUCCCGACUCCGCACGUCCUCCUUGUCACGCUCAACCGGCCACGAGACCUCAACUGCAUCAAUGCGCAAGGUCAUGCUGACCUGCAUGAUGUAUGGGAGUGGAUGGAUGAGGAGCCUAUUCUGCGGGUGGGAGUGUUGACUGGAAAGGGGAGGGCAUUUUGCGCUGGGGCUGACUUGAAAGGUACUUGCUUCUUUCUGUCCUAUGAUAUACCGCAAUGUCUAUGCCCAUUCGUAUUCCUUGAACUUGUAUUUCUUCGAGAUAAGGCGGACAAGAUAACAGAAGAUCAAAAAUCAAGGAAGAACGAAAAGCUGACACGUACAGAAUGGAAUACCCGAACCAGCAACACAAGCCAAAAAAGCGCCCCUACACCAACCUCAGGCUUUGGCGGCGUAGCCCGCCGCAAAGGCAAAAAGCCACUAAUUUGCGCAGUCAACGGCCUCUGCUUCGGUGGCGGCGCAGAAAUGAUCAUCAACGCAGACAUGGUGAUCGCCGCCUCACGCGCUGUCUUCGGUCUGCCCGAGGUUAAGCGCGGCGUUGUCGCGAUGGCUGGGGCACUGCCACGUCUUGUACGGACAGUUGGCAAGCAACGUGCCAUGGAGAUGGUUCUGACGGGACGGACUUUGUCGGCUGUUGAGGCGGAGCGCUGGGGACUGGUUAACUCCGUUGUUGAGGUUCCUGAUUCUGGCAAGGGGAAGGAUGAGAAGGAGAAUGAGGAGGUUUCGAGGCUUGUUGUUGGGAAGGCUCUGGCUUUUGCUGCUGAGAUUGCGGGGAAUAGCCCUGAUGCUGUGCUGGUUAGUCGGGAGGGGGUGAAGUUGGGAUGGGAGGGGAUUGGGGCGGAUGAGGCUACGGGGAUGUUGAGUGAGACUUGGGUGAAGAGAUUGUAUGAAGGGGAGAACAUUAAAGAGGGACUGCAGGCCUUUGUGGAGAAGAGGACUCCUGUUUGGAAGGACAGUAAAUUGUAG